AUGGACUUGAGCUACCCGCCUGAAGAGUCGUAUUCCAAGAGCUCCAGCGAAGAAACUGAUCGAUCAUCUGAACAGAAUAAUGAUGAUACAGGAACUGGAAGAUCCUAUGAGUGUAUCUUUUGCAAGAGAGGCUUCAACACAGCACAAGCUUUAGGUGGACACAUGAACAUACACAGAAAGGAUAGAGUCAACAAAACCAAACCCAGUUUCCCUCCUUCAAGUUCAAACAAAGUUGAUGACAACAACAACUAUGCAGAUCUAGGGUUCUAUUCAGACUCUCCAAGCCAUCCUGCUCCUGAUGCUAGAAACUACCAUCAAGUUUAUUCUUCUGCAACAACACAUGUACAAUAUGGUGAGGUCUUGUGUGUAGAAAACCAACGGGAGCAUCACCAGUUUGGACAAGAUUGGAGGCAGAGAAAUUUGAGCUUGUACACUAAUCCAUUAUGUGUUCGUGAAAUUAAAGACAAGUUUGAAGACAACAGUGUAGAGAAUGAUGGUAUUGAUUUGGAGCUGAGGCUUGGUCAUCAUCCAUAACAUGAUUAUACAUAUAUCUAUUCUAUCUUUCAAUAAGCAUGUUUUCUUAGGAGAGCUUGGGGCUUUUUCAAGGGAGAAAUUAAUUAAGAUGGGGUACUCAA